AUGUGGUCGGAUGCAGACGACGAGAUAUUAAUUGAAGCUAGCCAGAAAUGGGAUCAUAUCGCACAAGAACAGCCAAGCCCUGCAGGCGUUCCAUCAGAACAGCAAAGCACUGCAUACGUGUUACCAGAACAGCAACGCAUAUCAGACGUGCUACCAGGAAAGCAAAGCACUGCAGACGUGCUACCAGAAGAGCAAAUCACUACAGGCCUGUCACCAGAACAGCAAAGCAGUGCAUGCGUGCUACCAGAACAGCAAAGUACAGUAGGCGUGUUACCAGAACAGCACAGCACAGCAGGCGUGCUACCAAAUCAGCAAAGCAUAUCAGACGUGUCACCAGAACAGCAAAUACCAAAACAGCAAAGCAUAUCAGGUGUGCUACCAAAACAACAAAGCACUGUAGGUGUGCUACCAGACCAGCAAAUCAAUGCAGGCGUGCUACUAGAAGAGCAAAUCAUCAUAUCAGGCGUGUCACCAGAACAGCAAAGCAUAUCAGGCGUGUCACCAAAACAGCAAAGCACUGCAGGCGUGCUACCAGAACAGCAAAACACUGCAGGCGUGCUACCAGAACAGCAAAGCAUAUCAGGCUUGUCACCAGAACAGCAAAGCAUAUCAGGCGUGUCACCAGAACAGCAAAGCACUGCAGGUGUGCUACAAGAACAGCAAAGCACUGCGGGCGUGCUACAAGAACAGCAAAGCACUGCAGGCGUGCUACAAGAACAGCAAAGCACUGCAGGCUUACUACCAGAACAGCAAAACACUGCAGGCUUGCUACAAGAACAGCAAAGCACUGAAGGCGUGCUACAAGAACAGCAAACCACUGCAGGCUUGCUACCAAAACAGCAAAACACUGCAGGCUUGCUACCAGAACAGCAAAGCAUAUCAGGCUUGUCACCAGAACAGCAAAGCAUAUCAGGCGUGUCACCAGAACAGCAAAGCACUGCAGGUGUGCUACAAGAACAGCAAAGCACUGCGGGCGUGCUACAAGAACAGCAAAGCACUGCAGGCGUGCUACAAGAACAGCAAAGCACUGCAGGCUUACUACCAGAACAGCAAAACACUGCAGGCUUGCUACAAGAACAGCAAAGCACUGAAGGCGUGCUACAAGAACAGCAAACCACUGCAGGCUUGCUACCAAAACAGCAAAACACUGCAGGCUUGCUACCAGAACAGCAAAACACUGCAGGCGUGCUAUUAGAACAACAAAGCAUAUCAGAUGUGUCACUAGAACAGCAAAGCGUUGCAGGCGUGUCACCAGAACAGCAAAGCACUGCAGGCGUGCUACCAGAACAGCAAAGCGUUGUUGGCGUGUCACCAGAACAGCAAAGCACUGCAUGCGUGCUACCAGAACAGCAAAGCACUGCAGGUGUGCUAAUAGAACAGCAAAACACUGCAGGUGUGCUACCAGAACAGCAAAGCAUGUCGAAAAAAACGAAAAAACAGAAAGAGGAGACCGACACGAACAAAACUGAUAUAUAUUUCUACAGAUUCUGA